AUGGCUGUCAAUAGGAUAAGGGGUGCAUUUGCGCCGCCGCGCAAGGGAGAAACAUUCGAGUUGCGGGCAGGUCUGGUUUCCCAAUAUGCCUACGAACGAAAAGAGGCCAUUCAAAAGACCAUCAUGUCAAUGACGCUCGGCAAGGAUGUGUCUGCGCUGUUUCCUGAUGUACUGAAGAAUAUCGCAACCGCCGACUUGGACCAGAAGAAGCUGGUAUAUCUAUACCUCAUGAACUAUGCCAAAUCACACCCCGACCUCUGUAUUCUCGCCGUGAAUACCUUUGUUCAAGACUCGGAAGACCCGAAUCCCCUCAUACGAGCGUUGGCGAUACGGACAAUGGGAUGUAUUCGCGUUGAUAAGAUGACGGACUACAUGGAAGAGCCCUUGCGGAAAACGCUGAGAGACGAAUCGCCAUAUGUACGAAAGACCGCAGCGCUAUGUGUGGCUAAGCUGUUCGAUCUUGCUCCCGCCAUGUGCAUUGAGAAUGGCUUCCUCGAGCAGCUCCAGGAACUAGUCGGAGACCCAAAUCCUAUGGUCGUCGCAAACUCGGUUACAGCCUUGGUGGAAAUUCAGGAGACCGCCCCGGAAACCAAGGCUCUCGUCAUUACCUCGUCACAACUCAAGAAGAUGCUUCUGGCCUUGAACGAGUGCACAGAGUGGGGUCGUGUGACUUUGCUCACCACUCUGGCAGACUACAAGGCAGCGGAUAUCAAGGAGGCAGAGCACAUUUGCGAAAGGGUUGUCCCGCAGUUCCAGCAUGUAAAUCCCAGUGUGGUGCUGGCAGCCGUCAAGGUCGUCUUCUUGCACAUGAAGCAUAUCUCACCUGAGAUGAUGAAGUCGUACCAGAAGAAGAUGGCACCGCCGCUAGUUACACUCGUGUCGUCUGCACCAGAAGUACAGUACGUUGCACUACGGAACAUUGACCUCCUCCUUCAGAAGCAGCCCGACAUUCUCAGCAAGGAAAUGCGUGUUUUCUUUUGCAAAUACAACGACCCGCCAUACUUGAAGAUGCAAAAGCUUGAAAUCAUGGUGCGGAUAGCAAACGAUAAGAACGUGGAUCAACUACUGGCCGAGUUGAAGGAGUACGCUAUGGAGGUGGACAUGGACUUUGUGCGACGAGCCGUCAAGGCCAUUGGACAAGUUGCCAUCAAGAUCGAAAGCGCGAGCGAGAAGUGCGUCAACACACUGCUCGACCUUAUCAACACCAAGGUCAACUAUGUCGUCCAGGAGGCGAUUGUUGUCAUCAAGGACAUAUUCCGAAAGUAUCCUGGAUACGAGGGUAUAAUACCGACACUCUGCCAGUGCAUAGACGAGCUGGAUGAGCCGAAUGCACGGGCUUCUCUCAUCUGGAUUGUUGGAGAGUAUGCAGAGAAGAUCAACAACGCUGGCGAGAUUCUAUCAAAUUUCGUUGACACAUUUGCUGAAGAGUUCACUCAGACACAACUUCAGAUCCUCACAGCUGUCGUCAAGCUGUUCUUGAAGAAGCCAGAUCAAGCACAGGGCUUAGUCACAAAGGUCCUACAAGCCGCUACAGCAGACAAUGACAACCCAGAUAUCCGGGACAGAGCUUAUGUCUACUGGCGGCUGCUUUCCAGUGACCCACAGAUAACAAAGGAAAUUGUACUCUCAGACAAGCCUCCGAUUACAUCGACAAUACGGUCACUGCCUCCCCAACUGCUGGAGAACCUGCUUGCAGAGCUGUCGACUUUGGCGUCAGUUUACCACAAGCCACCAGAGGCCUUCCUUGGACAGGGCAGGUUCGGCGCGGAGGCGAUGCAACGAGCGGCAAUCGAGGAGCAGCAAGAAGAAGCACGGGAGAAUCCCAUUGCCGCAGCUGCAGCUGCCGCCGCAGCUAGUGGACAAGCGCCCACUAACGUGGAGAAUCUCCUGGACAUUGAUUUCGAUGGUUCUGCACCUGCUUCGUUGCAAAAGCAGCCCACACACGGGGCGUCUGGAUUGGAAGGCCUUGCCGGUACGCCUCAACGCGUAUCAUCACCCGUGGCAAAUGCGCCUCCAGCACAAUCCAAUAUGGAUGACCUGCUAGGAUUAUUCGGCGAUGGAGGUGGUGCACCCGCUGCUCCUGCGGGUCAAAUGAGCAAUAAUGACAUUAUGAAUGGAUUUGCAAGCAUGAGCAUGGAGACGAAUCAGCCGCCACCGCCAGCCCAGCAAAUAUCAGGUGGUGAGCAGGGUAAGAAGAGUAACCAGGAUCUUCUCGACUUGUUCUAG